AUGGAUGCGAUACUGAAUUACAAGUCAGAAGAUACUGAAGAUUACUACACGUUACUGGGAUGUGAUGAACUGUCUUCGGUUGAACAAAUCCUCUCAGAAUUUAAGGUCAGGGCCCUGGAAUGUCACCCUGACAAGCAUCCUGAAAAUUCCAAAGCUGUGGAGACUUUUCAGAAACUGCAGAAGGCAAAGGACAUUUUGACUAAUGAAGCAAGUCGAGCCCGCUAUGACCACUGGCGAAGGAGCCAGAUGUCAAUGUCAUUCCAGCAGUGGGAAGCUUUGAGUGAUUCGGUGAAAAUGUCAAUGCACUGGGCUGUCAGAGGAAAAAAGGAUCUGAUGUUGGAAGAAUCUGACCAGACUCAUACUGACAAAGUUGAAAAUGAGGAACAGGAUGAGCAAGAAGAGAUAAAGAAAGAGGAGUUUGGUUCAACCACAGAGAAAAUGGAGCAGAAAGAAUCCAAAUCUGUGGAGAAGUCAUUCUCCCCACAAAAUCCGGAUUCUCCAGGUUUUGCAGAUGUGAACUGUUGGCACCUUCGUUUCCGCUGGUCUGGGGAUGCUCCUUCAGAACUCCUGAGGAAAUUCAGAAACUAUGAAAUAUGA